AUGAUUCCCACAUCGACAACCAUCUUCACCGAAGCGGAAGAACUUGCUAUUUCGCAAAUCUCCUCUCAUUCCAAGGCUGAGGAGAUUGCGUGGGCCAGCAUUUUUGGAGUGCUGUCAAUCUUCAUCGUGGUGGAGAACCUACUUACCAUCGUUCUCUUUGCUGUCAACAAGAAGAUUCGCAAGAAGAAGAGCCUUUUCCUUGUCAUCAACAUGGCGACUGCUGAUCUGAUAUUUGGAGCUUUAGCCCUGCCCCUGUAUAUUUAUCUCGGCUUUGGUAUGCCGGACUAUAAGGAACUUGCGAUCCAAAACGGUGACUCGAUUCUGAUAUUGUCUUUGGACAUUACCUCGAAAGUCUCGCUGGUAGCCUCGUUACUAUCUGCGGCCCUCAUUGCCUGUGAAAGAUUUUACGCCAUAUAUCAGCCUUUAAAUCAUCGAACUCUGACUGCGCGAAAAUACCGCAUUGUUAUUUUUGCAAUAUGGAUAAUGGCCCUGCCGUUCUCCAGCUUGGUGUUCUUGAUCCCAGGGCAAGAAUGCACAUACGUGGGGAUGCCAUUCGCCUCGAUUCUGCUCACCAUCAUCUGUGGUUGUAACAUUGCAAUUUGGAGAAAGUUUCAACGUGGGAAUGUCGCCUCACAACAGAAAAACAAAGCCUGCCGAAAGGAUCGCUUGACGAAGACUUUGAUACUUGUCUCCCUCCUUGCAUUGAUCUGCUGGCUUCCCUUUGUCUUUUCAAAUGCUUUAAUGGGGCUUGGCAUUACCGUACCGUGGAGACAUGUUAUGAUUGUCAACCUGCUUAAUUUUUCCAACUCAUGCGUAAAUCCUGUGGUGUAUGCCUCAAGAGUUCCGGAGUUUCAACAAGCGCUGGCUUUUUGUUGUGGCGAACGUCAGAAAUUGUUGAAGAAGGAAAGCACUGAAACGUCAAGUAGCAAGAAUACUGCCUUUACCUCAACGACACAGAUAAAAAAAUUGGAAGCCGAUUCCUCACACCCACACGUCGAGGAAGCUAUGGAUGUCAAACUGUACUCAACCGAAAAACAAGAGCUAGUUACGUUUAUUAAGUAG